GUAAAUAGAGUUUUCCGAGCUUUACACGGUGAAGAAGAUCUGUGCAACUGUUUGUUCUGAACUUUAGUGGUCCUCUUAGAUAGCGAAAAAAAACUACAACACUACAAUAAGCAUGUCUUCACUCAGUCUUCUGGAUGUGGCCGUAGAAGAACGGAAGGAGGAAUUGGGCGAGAAGGCUGUGACUUUCGUUUUUAAAAAGGAAGACCAUGCGAAGAUUCUUCUAGACAACCUUCGCGACAUGCAGGCAAGAAAUGAGGGAAUCUUAACUGACGUGAACCUCAUUUCCAGAAGAAAAGACUGCGAAGAAAAGUUUCAUUCUGUGCUCCUAGCAGCAAGCAGCCCAAAUGUUAAAGAUCUUCUUAUGGCAAGGAGUGUCAAAGAUUCCGCAAGGGCCAUUUUGCUUGACGGAUUGACUAAAGAAACUCUCCGGUGUCUUAGAAAAUUCAUCUAUAAAUGUGAGUUUACGAUAGAUGAGGACACUCUACAAGACCUUCACAACUUUGCCGUUCAAUUUGAAAUUGAUGCACUCGCAGCUAAGUGUGAAGAAUUACAGGAUCAUCAGGGAAGGAUAAAAGUGGUACCUGACGAUCACGGAGAUGUGCUUUUGGAGCUAUUGAAUAUGUUCUUCGAGAAAGAACUAACCACAACAACCAUAGAAGACUAUCAGGGAAAGAUCCAGUUAGCUGUGCAUGGCCCCCUCGUCGCGGCUGCGUCACCGGCCCUUCAAGAUAUCAUUUUGCAAGGUUGUGCUUCUCAAAGAAGGCACCCCAUUCGUCUGGGCAUCCAUGCCAAUGUUCUUCGUGAUUUCAUUGGUUACCUCUACUCGGCGAAAGUGACUCUGCAGCGCAAAAAUGCUGUUGGUCUUCUCAGAGCCGCGUGUACUUAUCAAAUACCAGCACUUUCUCAAGUCUGUUGUGAAUGGCUGAUUGCCAAACUGGACACAUAUGAUGUGGUGGGUAUCCUGUGCUUGGUUCGCGAAUUAGAUUCUGAGCACACUGCAGAUCUGGAAAGAAGAACAAAGAAAAUUAUCAUCACCAAUUUCAGUUCGUUAAGCGCUGAACACGGAAUCAAUACUCUUGGCCAUGAAGACUUGAUGGAAAUCAUCCAGGAUGAGGACCUUGAAAUUGAAGAUGAAGAACAUGUCCUUCACGUUGUCAUGAAAUGGUUGGAGUUUGACGAAAAGAAUCGUCUUCCUCACCUGAGCAGGUUGCUGGCUUGUGUCCGCUUGGAACAGACAAGCCUUGACUUCUUGGACACCAUCCAGCAGGAUCCAAGAAUCGGACGCUCUCCUGAAUGCCUUGAGGUAAUCGAGGAGGCCCGACAUAGGCUAGCUGACCAAGGCCACUCCAUGUCUCACUCCAGUAGUCACGAUGAUGAAGGUUUCCAGGGGAGCGAAGAAUCAUAUGAUGGCGACUCCUGGCACGAGGAUCCGCGAGAAGAACUCGAAGGCUUGCCAACCGCAUCUUAUAGUGGAGAAGACUUUGAGGAUAGUAACUUGCGCGAAAGUGACCAUAUUGACGACUGUUAUAGCUGUUACACAGGUGACAGCUAUAACAGUAGCCCACGCGAAGAUGAACAUGACGACAGUUACUUGCGUGACCGAUAUUUACGUGAUAGCUACGUGCACGACAAGUCUCCGCCUCGGAGUCACCUGCGUGACAGCAGCCCACCAGAUAGUUACUCGCAUGGUUACUCACAACGUGGUCAUAUCAGCUCCAACCCGUCUGACGACGAAGAGGCGAGCUGCUUGUCGGGCCCGAAAAGGAAGGAUGGCCAGCCGGACAUGCGCUUUAAGGUGAAUCGAAGGAUUUUCUGUAAAAGUGGAAAUAACAAAGAUGAUUCCCUGGACUUGAGGCUGAGGGAACAUAGGAGAGAGUUUCCUGGUCCGGUUAAGAAGAAUGGAGAACCUGAUAUGCGAUAUAAGGUAAAUAAGGAAUUAGUUGGAGCGUUGAGGAAAACGUCAGCAUUAAUUUCAACCAACGUACCAGCAAAGGUUCACCCAGUGAAGAAGGAUGGUACGCCUGACAUGCGGUACAGAAACAACAGAACAGCACUCUGCGGCUCCUCCUAUGUUUCAAGUUCCGCAUGUUCUGUAGUUACUGGUACUCUUUCCGGUGGAACAAAAUCCUCUUUGGGGCCGUCCUUGGCUAAAGUUUAUACCGCGGGACCUCUGAAGAAAAACGGUGCACCUGACAUGCGCUAUGCGGUGAACAAGCAGCGUUUUGGUAAUCUCCCCGCCGCUACAAGCAGCUCGCGAGGACCUCUUAAGAAAGACGGGACACCGGACAUGCGUUAUGCAGCGAACAGACAGUCGCACCAUCCUCCGCAAUCUCGGUUCCAGGCGCAAGGUCCAUUGAAAAAAGAUGGAACCCCUGAUAUGAGAUACAAGGCCAAUAGACGAUGAUACAGACACACUCACGUGCAUGUAAGAUUGCCAUAUCAGUUAUAAUUGUUCUCAAGUACAGCUAUACAAGUUUUUCAUAUGACAAACAAUUAGCUUCGUUGUUUUUACAAACAUUUUGAA